AUGGGCAGCUCUUAUAUUGAGGGAGCAGCUAUCACCAUCCAGCCACUAUCACAAGUUUCACGGAUCGACUAUGACAGUGAUGUGUUUCGGCAGUUUGAAACUUGCAGAGAAUCUGUAAAUGGACAGCUCAGGAAAUAUUUUCAGGCUAUCGGACAUGAAGAGAGUCGCGAUCAUCUUCCAGGCCUUUAUGCCAGACCUCGUCCUCUCCGAGGAUCAGAAGCAGAUCAGAGGGCCAGACUCUCACAAACCAACGCUAUACAUAAUCUCAUCAAGCUCGACGACAUUCUUGGACAGAUCAAACAACAGGAGCGGCCUUACAUCAGUGCUGUAUCUCCCGUCAUUGUUGCAUGGACGGCAUUUUGGUUCACCUUGUCAUACGUCACCUCGCUAGGCGAUCUAUCUGUUCUUUUCAUGACCGGGGCUGUUUCGGGAGCUUUAGCUAUUGCUGCUCAGCUGGUUCGAAAGUUUCUGCAGUUGAGGAAGAUUACUCCUUUGCAGCACAAGGUGCGAGGACUGGUUCGAGCGUUCAAGAAUGGGACAAUAAGGUAUAGGGAUUCGGAGGAAGUCAUGAUUUCGUCGUUAAAUUAG